AUGCAUUCUUUACGUUUAUUGUGGGCUGCACAUAAUGAGAAUACCUGGGUGAGGCGUCAAAGGCGAUUUUCAUCAAGAAGACAUAUGGAAACGAUUGAAGAUAUGCCGGAAUUGUUGUUUAUACAACAUUUCAGGCUUGAUAAAAAAACUUUUCGACGAUUAUGCGACGAACUAAAAAGAUAUACUGGAUUGAAAGGAUCCAAUGAAAUUUCCCUGGAAGUGAAGGUGCUGUGUACUCUAAGCUUUUUAGCCACAGGGUCAUACCAGACAAUUGUAGGUGUGGGACAAUAUUUGACACAGCGGACUACAAGUCGCUGUGUCAGGGAGGUUGUGAAUUCUUUAAAUCACAAUUGGAUGGUCAGCAGGUGGAUAGUGUUUCCACAAACACCACAUGAGAGAUCUUUAAUCAAAGAGAAAUUCCAUAUAAGACAUAAUUUGCCUGGAAUUAUUGGGUGCAUUAAUUGUACCCAUAUAGCUAUAGUAAGACCAGAGGAGGAUGAAUAUUAAUUUUUUAAUAGAAAAGGAUAUCAUUAAUUAAAUGUUCAAGUGAUAUGCGAUUUCGAUUUAAAAAUAGUUAAUGUCAAUUCAAAAUUUGGUGGUGCUACACAUGACUCCCACAUAUGGUCCGCUAGUCAUGUAGAGACUUUCAUGCGAGGGCUUCAUGAAAGUGGUGAACAUGUUUGGUUAUUA